AUGGUCAUCCUACCCCCUCCCGUACACAUCGCCAUCAUCGGCGCCGGUCCAGCAGGUCUCGGCGCCGCCAUUGCCUUGUCCCAACUCAACAACAACUCCUCCUCAUUCCCACACCUCCACAUCAAAAUCUACGAGAAAGCUCACCUCCUCCGUGAGAUCGGCGCCGGGAUCCGCAUCGGCUACAACUGCUGGCGGGUGCUAGAACUUCUCGGAGCAAGCCAGGAUGUCCGUGGUCAUCGUAAGGAGAAAGUGCUGCAUCGGAAUGGCUUUACUGGAGAGGUACUGCUGCGGACGGACAAUACCGUUCAUGGCGGGAGGGAGGUGGAGAGGAAGGUUGAAGAGGGGAUCAUCGAACUUGGAAAGCAAGUUGUGGCGUUGGAGCGCGUGCCGGUCGAUCAAGGUGGUGGUGCGCGGCUAACGUUCGCGGACGGCACCUCAACUCACGCCUCUCUCGUCAUCGGCGGCGACGGGAUCCGCUCCAUCGUCCGCCAGAGCCUCUUCCCCUCGCACAACACUCGCUUUACCGGCACCACGAUCUUCCGCACCCUGAUCCCCAUCAGCUCCGUACAGCAUAUUCCCGACGUGGCCGAGGGCACGAGCUGGUGGCAUGGGCCCGAUGGGCAUGUGUAUUUGUCGCCGGUCGAUGAUCCUGAAGAGAUAGGGUAUAGGAAUGCUGAUGGGUGGCAAGAGAGGAUGUUUGAGAUAAGCUGUCGGAGGACUUUUGCAGUGGAGGAGGAGGCGGAGGAGAAGAAGUUCAGUUGGGGCGUGCCGGUGAGCAAGCAGAGGGUUGGGAGUCACUUCACGGACUACGACGCCCGCCCUCGCGCCGCCCAAUCCGCCGUGCCCGAAGGCGCCUGGAAGGAGUUCGCCGCCUUCGCCGGACCUCGCCUAGACACCCUCAUCGGAUGGGACUGUGUUGCUCUGCUGGGUGAUGCCAGCCAUCCGCUUACCGGCGCGUUUGGGUCAGGAGCCGCUUUCGCUCUCGAAGACGCUUGGAUCUUAGCGCGGGCGAUCGAGUAUACCCCCCUUCAUCACAGCCAGCAGUCACAGCAGCAACAACUAGGUCAGGCUUUGCGGAUCUUUGACGAGAUUAGGAGCCCUUAUUAUGCUGAGAUGUACCGCUUCCUCGAUCUUCGAAAGCGACAAGUUCAAGCUGCGAAACAAGCCAACCCAAACCAGACGCUAGAUGAGGAGAUACUGACGAAGCUCGGCGGACUGGGGUUGUCGGAAGAUGAUAGUAUGGACUGGAUCUACUUCAAUGACAUUGAGAAGGUCUGGGAGGCUUGGGUGGCGAAGCAGGACAAGGAGCGGCAGGAGCAGCAGCAGCCGGGUGAGAGUGUGUGUGGGGAUGGCAUUGAGAGUAUCGGGGAGGUUGUGGGGCUAGUGUUGGGUACAGGGACUGUGGUUGAGGCUGUCGCUGCGUGA